UGAAGAGUCCAUCAUGCGUUACAACAAGCUGUGCCUGUUGUUGCUGCUGAGCUGCUGCGCUGUGGCACAGGAUCACAAAGAAACAUCAUCAUGCCAGUUGGCAUCCAGGUUUAAGCUUCAUAAGAAAUACAUGUAUCAGUACACAGCUGGGAGUCGGAACGGGGUUGUGGGCACAGCCAACCUACAAAACGGACCAAAAGUCUCCUGCCAGGUAGAGAUCGAAGUCCCCCAGAUGUGCAAAUUCAUCAUGCACACCAGAGGCUGCACUCUUAGUGAAGUGUCCGUCAUGGACCCUGAGGGUCAGCCGGUCUACAAGCCGGUGCCUGGAUCAGACGCCUUCAGAGCCAGCAUGGAAAAGACCCCUCUGAAGUUCCAUGUGGAUUCUGAGACGCGUGUGCAGGUUUAUCCUGAAGCGGACGAGGCCGUGAACAUCCUGAAUAUUAAGAGAGGGAUUGUUUCUGCUUUCAUGGUGCCCAUUAUGGAGAAAGACCAGAGCCGCCUCGUGAGCACGGUGCACGGCCGGUGUUUAACAAGUUUCACAUUGAAGUCCACACAAAAUGUCCCCACAGACAUGACACUUUCCAGAGAUCUGUCCCAGUGUGACCAGUUCUACAGCAGAAUGCUGGUGAACAGCCCAUUGGCUCUGCUGCAACAGCUGCACAACCCCAUGUCCAAACUCAUCACAAGCACUCAGAGCUGCAGCUACCAGUUCAACGACAAAGAAGCUCACAUCAUCUCAGCCACGUGCACAGAGAGACACAAAUACCUGCCGUUUUCCCAUGAGGGAAAUGGACUCUCCUCUGUGGUGACCCAAGAUCUCCGCUUUCAGAGCGAGAAAAGGAGCGAUAACAGAAUUUUUGAUGCAGAGCGCCACCAGGCCCGGCCUCUCCACUUCCAAGACCCUGAGGAUAAAACUCCCGUCCAGACAAAGGAUGCCGUUCUGAGCACCCUGCAGGAGCUGGUGGCGUUAGCAGGUUCGGAUCAGAGCCAGAAGAGAACCAGCCUCUUCCACAAGCUGGUGUUGAGCAUGCGAGCCCUCAGGAACGAGACCCUCAGCCAGGCGGUCGCUGAAAUGGUCGACGUGUCCCGCUGGCUCACCUUCCAGGCCCUGUUCCAGUGUGGAACCCCGGAGUGCACCAGCGCCAUCAUGCAGGUCACGUGGACCAUUGACGGGGUCGGGCUUGAGGUGGAUGCUCUAGUUUAUGGGCUGAGUCUGCAAGCGAGCCCAGAUGCUUCACGUGUGCGAGACAUGCUCAGCGUGGCUCAGUACAAACAGAGCAAAGCCAUCAUGUACGCGCUGGCAAACACCGUCAAGAAGUUCCAUCAGGGUGAAGUUACUCCAGAGGUCACAGAUGUUUCAGAGUUCAUGGAGAUGCUCCUAAACGACUGCUCAGAGGAAGUGCAGAACUCUGACUCGGUCUCCCCUCCUGAUCCAAAGGAGGUGGCCUUCCUUGUACUGAGGGUUGUUGGAGUCAUGGGGCGGGCCAUGCAACACGUCAGUCCAUCUCUCGUUUCUUCGGUUCUAAAAUGCGCCAAGAAAACGGACAUUCCUUUAUCAAACCAAAAGGCGGCUAUCCAAGCCUUUAGGCUGAUGGACAUUAAUGAUGAGAUCAGGAACACGCUCAUGGAGGUCUUCCAGGACCCCCAGAGUCCUGUGGAGAAACGUCUGGCAGCUUAUCUGGUCUUGAUGAAGAACCCAGAUCAAACUUUAAUUAGAGACAUCGUAAACAGUCUGACGAAUGAGAGGGAAGACCAGAUAACGAACUUUGUGGUGUCACACCUGAAAAACCUCCACAGCUCUGAUGAUCAAACACUGGAACUCAAAGAGGCCAUUAAGAUGGUUCUGCAGACUACACCUAAAAACGGUGUCCUCGAUGGUUUGUCACAAAAUUACAGAAUGAACUCUCCGCUGGGCUCGGUACAGAACAACAUCAUCUUCAACGACAGGAACACGAUGCCAAAGGAGAUGAUGAUGGAGGCCACGCUGGAGGCUUUUGACGUCGACUAUGACAUUUUUGAGGUUGGUGUUGAAGGGACAGGAUUUGAACCAACAAUCUAUGGUCUUUUUGGGGAGAAGGGCUUUGUCCCUGAAUCGGUCUCCAGACUCGUGAACUUGGCAGGCGACAGCGUGCCGAUGUUCAGACAACUUCUGGACAGGAUUUCCCCACGUCGAGACAGAACGAGGAGAGAGGUUCCCGAAGAUCAUCUGAAGGCGAUCCGAAAUGGUUUCCAGAAACUCCUCAACGACGUGCGAUUCGCUCCAACUCCUGAAGCCACGGCUUAUCUCCGGCUUCUAGGAGAUGAAAUAGGGUAUGUGAAGAUCAGCGAGAUGAGACAAAUGUUCGAGACUCUCUUCAUGUACUACCAUGCUUUCAUCAGGGUCCUCCCUGCACAGGCCUUCUUUAAGCUGACAUCCAGCACUGAGAAUGAGGUCUUUUUCCAUUACAUCUUCAUGGAGAACACCUUUUGUUUGCCCACUGCUUCUGGGUUUCCUCUCAGAUUCUCCCUCUCAGGUGUGUUUGCACCUGGUGCCAAAGGAGGCCUGACUCCCUCAGCAAUGACCGACUUGUCCUUCAUGCCUUCAGUUGGGUUGGAAUUCAUCACCCAGAUGGGUGUGCACAUUCCAGAUUAUGUGGACGCAGGGAUUGAGAUGCACACUAACAUGUACCAUGAGAGCUCAUUUAAUGCUAAAAUAACUGUGAACAGAAACCAGAUUAAACUAUCCGUUCCUGCUCCAGAGUCCAGCACUCAGCUGUUCAGCAUCAGCAACAAGCUGCUGUCUGUCUCAUCUGGUCAAACUAACAUAGUGCCAUCCCUGGUGGAAGAUCGGGUUGACUCAACCGACUGCCAGCCUCUGUUCAGAGGACUGAAUCUGUGCACUAUAGUGCGCUACUCCAAUGCAACCUCUGUCAACCAGGCUCCAUAUUACCCCCUGACUGGAGAGACAAAGUUUGGGGUUGAAAUCCAGCCCACAGGGACGGUUUCAGAGUACACCGCCACCAUCACAGAUGAAACACUCAGAGAGGGGAAGAAGGGUCGACACAAAGUCGAGUCUCUGAAGCUAACCCUGAGAGCAGAAGGGGAAGAAUCAAUGGCGGCCUUGGCAUCUCUGAAAUACAAUCGCAACAAAAAUCUAAUCUUCUCUGAGAUUAUAAUUCCUGAUUAUGAUGUGGAGGCAAGCAUAAACAUGGCUUUAACCGACGGUGAUCACAACGGAAAGAAGUCGCGAGGCUUCACCAUUGAUAUCACCAACAAGAACGUCCCACAGCUGAGUCUAGUGGGACGAGCAAGACAUGACAUGAUGAGAGAGGCCAUGCUGCAGCUCCAGAUGGACAUUCCUUUGCUGAAAAGUGAAGCAUCCAUCACUGCAGUCCUGAAAAAUGAUGAGAACGUGAAGCUGGACUUGGAGACAGUCGUCCACCUCCCGAAGACUUUGUACCAACAGAGAGUGUCUUUGAAACAAGAUGAUGACAAGUUGGAGUUGGAACUGAAAACAGACAUGAAUGCAGAGAUAAAAGAAAUGAUGCCCAAUGCAGAGGAUUAUUACAGGCAGAUGCAACAACUCCUUGAUGAUUUUUUGGACCAAAGAGUGACAAAGACGGACAUGAAACUGCGUCACAUCGUCACCAAAGCAAUUGAGGCAGGUGACAUUUGGCUGGACAAACUGACAGCACGGUUCCCGUCCCUUGCAAACCUUCGCAGUAAGCGAAGCCGCUCGGACUUCACUUUGCCGCCUCUGCCUGAAAGACUGUUUUUGCAAUCUAACAGUUUGUUUCGAUACCAGUUCAACAUGGAUAAGAUGAUCUUCCACCUUCCUCUCCCAUUUGGAGGCAAAAAGUCAGAAGAACUGAACUUUCCAAAGACUUUGUCUGUUCCCAUCAUAGAUCUUCCACAGAUAGGGUUGAAUAUCCCAGCCAAGAAGUAUGUGCUACCAACGUUCACUGUACCACCAUCUGUAGACAUCACUGUUCCGCUUCUUGGUCUGGCUGAAGCAUCAACCAAGAUCCACAGCAACUUCUAUAAUUGGGAAGGCUCAAUCUCUGGGGGCAACAACACAAUUGAUGUUCCCAAUUAUGUUGUGCAGUACAAGGCCGUGGCUCAGUCACCUUUAAGUCUGCUAUCAUACAAAUUUGAAGGGGCUGGGAUGAUAUCAGGAACAGCCGAUGACCAUCUCAAAUAUAUUUUGAAUAGUUCUUUCAGUCACAUCCUCAUUGACACAAGCUUCAGUGUCUUAGAAACCUUAAGGGUGGCAAACAAACUUAAUGCAAAAGCCAAUUACAAGAUGGAGGCCUCCAGUAUAUUAGGUCUUCAUGCUUUUCUCUAUUAUUCUGCUCAGUCAACUUCCACUCUGGAUUCUGAUGAAGUCUUAGGAGAUGGAACUGUAGAUGGACUACUAAAGCUAGGUUCAUUCAACACCACCGCCUCAUACACACACAACUACAACCUCCGUCCACUGGAUCGAGAAGGAAGAGGAGAGUCCACCUUACGCUUUGAGUCACCCUUCAUCCAGUUUCAGAACAUGAUCCAAGGCGUUUAUGCAAACUCUGAGUUAAACAUCAUCUCCAAAACCAGUGCCCAGAAAGACAUUUUCAAGCACAUGGCAGAACUCAAGUACAAAGACACACAACUGACCCUGAAGUGCAAAGCUGUUGGUUCAGCAAUGGGAAAAUUCCUCAACAACCAUGUUGAGCUUGGUAUAUCAAACGAUAUGUCCAUCUUCAGAAUUGAAUCACAGGUUGAUGAUGACACAAGCAGAAUUUACUCACUCAUAACUGGAUCUCUUAAUUCAAAUGAGCUUGAGGUGAACUCUGAGGGUUCCCUCAUCUUUGACGCGGGCCGUGGAUUACAUAAAGCUUCUGUAAGAGUUGGAAAAGGUGGUGUAAUCUUUGGUGGAAUGAAUAGCAUUCAGUGCAGCCCUGUGACCGUGGAGAAUAUCUUUAAUGGUGUCAUCGAUUUUAACGGAGCUUCCAUUUCUUCAACUACCAAAGCGAUGGCUGAGGAAAGUAGAGGAGAGCUGAAUGUUGAGGGUAAAAUCACAUCUUCAGAGGCCUCUUUGGAUGGUGUAUUUAAGGGCCAUGCAUACGAUGCAUCCACAACAAACAGCAUGAAUGUCAUACUGAACAGAAGAGCUCUGACUUUUUCUGGAAAUACAAAGGGAACAUUGAGACAGUUGAAAACUGAAAACAGCUAUACACUGACCCUAACUUUGUGGACAAUCACCCUCCGCGCCAAGACAGACACCUCUACCUGUGAAGAUGUUUACUACAGACAAAACACAAAGGUUGAUGUAAAGCCAUUUGUUUUGGGGUUCAACAUAACUAGUGACCUCAAAUUUUAUGACCUGAGGUUGAAUAAAGAAAGUCUUGGGAAGCUUGAGCCAGUAAAGUUGGACCUCAGUGGAAGUUUGAGGGGAGCUUACAGAGAAGAACACAACAUUGACCAUACCUAUGAACUCGCCUAUAAGGAUUUAUCUGGGUCAAUGAAAUACAGCACAUCUGGAAACAUAAUGGAUGCAAAGUUGAGUCAAAACUGUGAGCUUGAGUUUGCAGGAUUUUCUUUGACGUCAAAGUGUGAGGCGCAAUUAAAUUCUGAACCUCUGCGCUUUGACGGCACAUUGCGCACCAUAGCGCUGCCGUUCAGUGUGAGCAUUGAUGCUUUGGUUAACAGCGAUGGAAAGAUAAAUCUAUACGGAAAGCACGCUGGACAACUCUACAGCAAGUUGUUGUUUAAAGCUGCACCCUUGGCUCUUGCAUACUCACAUGACAGCCAAGUAUCAACCACUCAUCGCCUUCGAAAGGGGGCAUGCUCCACAAGUUUAGGCAACAAAUUUGAAGGUCUCCUGACUCCAAAUGACCAAUCUCUGGACUGGAAAGUAAACUCCAAACUGAACAACCAUGCUUACGAGCAGGAUGUCACAGCUUACAAUAAUCAUGAGAGGGUUGGUGUUGAGUUUUCAGGAGGACUCCUAACAGAUUUCCUCAGUAGACAUAAAAGAUCAAGACCAGAAACACAAAUGUUUAGUGUGGCUGGUUUUCUAAAGUACGACAAGAACAGUGACUGCUCCAUAAUUGAAAUCCCAUUCAUUGAAAGCUUCCCUGCUGCUUUUGAAAGGCUAAAAAACAUACUCAUACAAGGCUUAGAGUCCCUACAACAGUUCAUAACAAGUUUAAAUAUAAAUGAGCUCAUUGCUGACUUCAGAGCUAGCUUAGAUCGGCUACCAAUGCAUGUGAAGAACUUUAUGCGAAAAAUGGACUUGGAGAACAAAGUGACUCAAGUCAAAGAAAAACUUGACUAUUUGAUUAACGAGUUUUCCGUAACAAUGGAAGACUUAGAGGAUGCAACAAGCAGUCUUAAACAAAAUUUGGAAAAAAACGUAAUGGACAUAAUCACUAAAGUUAGAAAUUUUAUCUUUGAAAUUGAGGAGUUUGUCAAAGAAGGACGUCUCACAGAUAAGAUAGAAAGUGUAAUUUCACACAUUGGAGAUCAGCUUCAGGCUUUUGAUGAAAAAUAUGAAAUUAAGAAAUCCUUUGUCAAAGCACUUAAUGUCAUUGAAGAUAUUAUUGGACAAAUAGAUCUGCAAAAACUUGGGGAAAGCAGUGCCGCGUUUCUGCAAGUGCUUGAUUCUAAAUACGGAAUCAUGGAGACGAUCAAAGAAAAACUGUCGGAACUGAAACACUUUCUUGAGGACUUCAACAUGGCUAACUUCUUAGAAGGUGUAAAAAAUUACCUUCUUUCUACUGACUGGGCUUCUUUCAUUGAGCAGUUUACAUAUCAAAUCCCAGCUUUGGAAAUAGCAAAAGUGAUGGAAUCAAUGAACGAAGUAAUCGUCAACUGGAUAGAUGAGUAUGAAAUCCCCAACAAACUAAAUGCAGUGUAUUCCUACUUCAGGGAUAUAAUUGUGAAAUAUGAGCUGAACAACAUUUUCAAAGAUUUAAUGGAUCAGGUAGUGAUUCUUGUAAAACAAUGGAAAAUUGAAGAAAUGGUGAAGUCAGUUGGAGAGGCUCUAAAAUCUAUCAAAUUUGAAAUUCUUCAUAAUAAAAUUAUGGACUUUCUGUACAGUGUGACAAGCACGCUUAGAGAAACUGACUUUAAUCAAAGCAUCAAUGACCUUAAUGAACACAUCUCUUCAAUACUUGAGACGUUGAAGGACUUUGAUUAUGACGAAUUUGUCGAUAAGACAAACAUGAAAAUUGUUGAGAUAGCAAAUUAUGUUAAUGAAGAAAUAAAAAAAUAUGAGAUUGUAAAAAAGACUGAGGCUCUCAGACAGUUUUUAAGAGAGAUCCAGACUUCCAUUUACACAUAUCUGGAUGAACUCAAAAACACGAAGGUGGCUGAUGCUUUAAAGAGACUGAAAAAUGUGAUUGACACUGCUUUUUACAAUGACAUGAAACUGAAAGUGCAGGAUAUUCUUGAGGACAUGAGGCAAAGAAUUCUUGACAUGGAUAUUAGAGAGGAAAUUUACAUCUAUCUCCAGAGAGCCAGUGAAUCCUACAAAAACAUGGUUAUUUUCUUUUCUGCACAGUUUAAUGGACUGAUGGAGUGGAUCAAAAACAUGACUAAUGACAAGGAGGUCUUUAACCAGGUGAAGCAAGCUGUAGAUGGAGUUCUGGACCGACUGAAAAGAGCCAAGGUUGAAGUCCCGACAUUUGCUGUCCCUCUUACUGACCUUGUCAUACCAGGGUUCACUGUCAACAUUAACAAACUGCAGGAAAUCAGCAUUCCAGUUCAAAUAUUAUUUCCAGAAAUCACCAUCCUUGGAACAUACACAAUCCCUGCCUUCACUAUAGACUUCACUGAGGUCAAGGCUAAGAUAGUCGCAAUCAUAGAUGACAUCCGAGCGUUUGAGAUCCAUGCGCCUGAUCCGGAGGACAUUUUUGGUGACCUGAAAGUCCUCUACCUAUCUGACCUGCCAGACCUCACCUUCCCAGAAAUUAUUCUUUCAGCGAUCAGAUUUCCUGCGCUGAGCAUCCCCAAAUCAAAACUGGAAGACUUUGAAAUCACGAUGCUUACCAUUCCAGACAUUAAAUUACCCAAGAUUCCCAGUGACAUCUGUAUCCCAGUUUUUGGUAAACUCCAUGGAGAAUUUAGCAUUACUUCCCCACACUAUACUCUUGUAACUACAGCAAAAAUGGAGAACUCAACUUCUACUUUGAAAAAUCCACAGUUUACAGCCACGGUUACGUCUCGUGCACGGUCACCCUUUGAGAUCCUGGAGCAUGCAUUUGAAGCCACUGCUCGGCUGGAGGCUCCCAGAAUGAAGAAGCUGCAAUUCACAGAAACCAUGAAGGCGACACAUAUGGCCUUCUCGGUUGACCACGAAGGCUCUCUGACACUCACUGGAUCUUCAGCUGAGGCUUCUGCUAAGACUACCACCAAGGCCACAACCCAAAUGUACACAGCUGAUCUGACCAAUACUGUGGCUCUUUCAUUAAAGGGUGGAAUAUAUACAGUGAUAGACACAACCUACAACCACAACCUGGUCAUCCUGUCAAAAGAAAUAUCAAGUCAGGCAUCAAUGAAACAAAGCAUAGCAGCUAGAAUGGUAUCUGGUGCCAUUACUGUGACGGGUGAAACAAGUAGUAAUGGACAGUGGUCAAUUCAAAACUUCUCUGAUGAAGGUACGCACAAAAGCAAUCUAGAGUUCAAUGUUGAUUUCAGCAGUGCAAAGCUGAGAUAUGAAGGAGAAACAGACUGUAAGACCCUAAAAUCGAGGCAAACACUGACUGCCGAGUCUGUGAUCUUAAGUCACAUCAUUGUAGAAGCUAGAUGUGAAGUUGAAUCUUCGUCUGUCAAGAAGAGUGUUACGGUUUUAAAUGGAGAAGCUCAUUUUGGGGACUUGAAAGUGUCACUGACAGCCUUUCAUGAUGCUGAAUUCAUGGGAGUUCUGAUAGGAACCAUGUCCAAUUUGUUGGAGUUCAAGGCCCAUCCAUUUGAGAUUGUUAUUGAUGUUAAGAACAAAGUAAACUCAAAAGUCUUCUUACCCCUAAAACUUACUGGUAAGGUUGAUCUCCAGCAUGAUUAUGGUGUUGCACUAAACUCUGAGAAACAACUGGCAUUUUGGUUUGCUUUGGCAAGGUUCAAUCAGUACAAGUACAGUCAUAACUUUACAGCAGAAAACAAUGAAAAAGACAUGUACUCCCAAUUUUUAGCUGAUGGAGAAGCUAAUUUGGACUUUUUGACAGUUCCUCUUUCAGUCCCAAAAAUGACUGUACCCUGUCUCAAAAUAGAAACCCCUGAGGUCAGAGACUUUUCCCUGUGGGAAGAUGCUGGCCUGAAAUCAUUGCUUCUCAACCCUCAACAGUCAUUUGACAUGAACCUGAAGCUUCAAUACCACAAGAACCCUGACAUACACAGCUUUAAAUUGCACCUCGAACCAAUCUACAACUCAAUCAGUGACAAUGCCAAAACCAUUCAGAGUCAGUUUGAAGCAUACAGAGACAAAGUAGUUACCUACCUGAAGGAGUCAUACAAUGAGGCAAAGUUACAGUACAUUAAACACAAAAUUGACACUUCUAGCCUGCCUCCAAGAAUCUUCAGAGUUCCUGGAUACAAAAUACCAAUACUUAACAUACAAGUCUCUGCUUUCAGUGCAGAGAUGCCAGCCUUUAGUUAUUUUGUCCCCAAAGAGGUCAGCACACCAAGCUUCAGAGUUCCAGCACUGGGUUUCUUUGUACCAUCUUACAUACUUGUACUGCCAUCUCCUAAAUUCCCUGUAAUCCAUGUGCCAGAGACUCUAAGUGAAAUAACGCUACCAUCUUUUACUCUACCAGCUGUUCAGGACAGCAUUGUGAUCCCAGCUAUGGGCAACAUAACCUGUGACUUCUCCUUCAAAUCUACCAUAAUCACUGUUAAUGCUAACGCAGGCCUUUACAAUCAGUCAGACGUUGUUGCUCGGUUUGGUGCUUUGUCAGUGUCUGUGUUUGACAUUUUGAAUGGGAAGCUUGAUGGCACCACUAGUAUGACAAGGACAAGGGGAUUAAAACUGGCGUCCUCUGUGUCUCUAGAGCACAGUAAUGUAGAAGCCAACCAUGAAUGUUCUAUUAGCCUCACCAAGAGAAUAAUGGAAGCUUCUGUGACCAACACUGUGAAAAUUAAUUCACCACUUCUCCAAAUGGAAGUCAAUCAAGAGCUCACCGGAAAUUCAAAGACCAAGCCACAUGCGUCAUUUAAGAAAACCUUUAUGUACAUGUUUGAUAUUCCACAGAUUGCAUCUGUUGGCAAAGGAAACUUUGACAUGAACUGGGAACUGGAAGCGCUUUCCCCUUCUUUGUUGCUGGAUACUUCUACCUUAGGCAAGUCUGACAUAACAGUGGGCAGUUUAAAUUUUGUUGGAGAUUUGGAAAAUAAGAAAAAUGUCUACAUCAGUGCCAAUAACCUGCGUACAACUACCAGCACAGCCUUGAACUUAAAACUAGAUAAACAGGACAAACAAAAACGAAGCUUGCCCAACAAACUCUUCUCGUUUGGUCUGACCAAUGAUCUAGCUCUUGAUGCUUCCUUGCGGCGUGUUUUUGCAACACUUGAUUAUAUCAGCAACAACAAUGUUAAUUUGGAAUCUUUCGACACAAGUGGAAACCACAUUGUCAAGGGAGAAAUAGAUUUUGUUCCUUUGACAAGCUUCAAGACAUCACUGGACACCGAUGUGAGUCAGUUGACUAGUUUGGGUCGUGCUGGGCUUGUUCAGAGCAUCAACCUGGCCAUCAGCUCUGAGAAACAGUCCUUCACCUGGAGCAGAAAGGAACAGCUGUCAUCUCUCAUUCAUGUUUGUGAUUUAAUGGUUUUCAACGAUGAAUCUGAAGCAGCUGUGAAACUGACUGAAUCAGUGGAGGGUCACCUGGCAUUCUUGAAAACAGUCAAACUUCCUGUUUAUCAAAGAACCCUGUGGGAUGUGCUCAAAUUUGACGAAGUCACAAACAUCAAUAGCUUCCAAUUCUUAAACAUCUCUUCCAGUCUUAUGUACACCAAGAGCUUGGACAGCUACGAGUUCCAUAUACCAUCUAAAGUAUUUGAAAAUGGUGUCAUGAUUAGCGUCCCAGAGAUCAGAAUUCCAUUGGGAUCUUGGGUAAAAGAAAUUCCUCAAUCUGUCAGGAACAUCGAUAUGAGAUUCGAAAGUGUUAAAGUCCCGGAUCAUCUAACCAUUCCCCCUGUGCUCUCAGUCCCGGCUUUUGGUGUUCCAUUUACCAACUUGCAUGUAGAACCAUUUGUGAUUGAUCCCAAGAACCUUAACAUCCCUAAACUAAUCACCACCAAGGCUUUCGACAUCAUGCUGCCCAGCUUGCCCAUAAUGUCUGUGCCGAGUUACGACAUCAACAUGGAGUAUCUUCAGGGUAAUAUGUUGGUCAGGAUUCCAGAACAUGAGAUCUCUGUGUCUUCCUUUGCUCUGCCCAAAUCAUUCACCAUCGGAGACUACACCAUCAGCCUGGAUGACCUCACGAGUCAGAUUUCAAAUUUUCAACUUCCAACCAUUGUAAUCCCAAAACAAAAGGUUGAAAUCCCUGAAAUCACCCUACAUCUGCCUUCAAGUGUGGUCAUCCCAACUUUUGGGGCCCUCAGUGCUUCUCUAAACAUUUCCUCCAAUAUUUAUAACGUGUCAUCGACUGCCUCAGUAAAUAGGGAGGGCACUGACCUUAUGACGUCACUCAACUCCAGCUGUGCCUCAACAAUGGUCUUUUUGAAAUAUGAUCUCACUGCUAGUGCAAUGGUUAGCUAUGAUAAAGGAACAACUAAUUUGAACGGGAUGGGCAAGUUGAUCCACAGUGACAUCAAUGUAAAUUGGCUACAUGUUUUGGCACAGCCCCUUCGAGCUAAGCGUCAAAUCUCUCGAGGCGACUCAGUGAGCCAGGAAUCUCGUCACACUCUGAAUAUUGACGUCAGCAGUCGAACAUUUGCCGAUGCGAACUUUCGAUUUGCUUCAAGAAAAGACGGCAUCACUGCAUCUGUGUCGUCUCCGUCGGCUGGUUUCCUCGGACUGCAUCUCCAGAGAAGAUCUCCAUCACAGCUUCAUGGGAAAUUGUUCGGCCGUUACCUGUCCUCUCCUGAGAAAGAUACCAACGCUUUCACUGCAAAGGCCUCCCUGAGGAACGCAAACAAGCUGGUCCUGCAGACGUCGUGGAACUGGGACUUCUUCGGUGACGUGAUCGAGGGCUUAAAGAACCGGAUUCCUGAGAUGACUAACGCUCUCCUGAAGUUUAUUAACAAAUAUCACAGCUCACACUUUGGAUUCGAUCUGAACCGAGGUGGUGUAAAACUGAAGAACGCCGUUUCUAACCUGAUAGAGACGGUUCAUGGCGGGGUUUCGGUUUUGUUUACCACACUGCAGGAUUUAAUCCAAACCUUCGCCGAUCAGGGAAAAGACACGUACACAAAGGUUUCUGACAGCUUGAUGUCCACGGACUUGCAGGAAUUUUCAGACACAAUGGUCCUGGAGUUUACAACUUCUUUUAGAAACAUCCAGAACAGAAUUGAAGUCUUGUUAGAACGUGUCAUUGAGUUUUUGGAGAAUAAAAAGUUCACACUACCUGGAUCAGAGAGGGAGCUUUCCAUCGUAGAGAUAAUCCAGGAAGCUCAUCAGUCUGCGUCAGAAGCCUUUGACGGGGCAAGUCUGCAGUUUUUUAGACUCUUGGAGAAGAUUUCUGCAUACAUAAGGAGCAUCGAGUUCAUCGUACCUGGAACUGAUGUUCUUGUUAAUGGACAUGAGCUCAUGGACAACCUGACUGCUGAAAUAAAUGCAGCAAAUUAUCAUCUAAGGUCUUAUUUGAGAGAUAAAGUAGACUUGCAGAUAAUUGCUGAAAAUGCAGAAAGUCUCCUCACCUACCUGAAAGCUCAAAACACUGAGCUUUCUCCUCAGGUCGAUGCCAUGUUUUCUGAAAUCCUUCGGUCUUCAAAGCAGACCACAGACAAAGCUCAGAAAUACGCAGCUGAGUGUAAAACCCUCCUGAAACUGAAGCUUCACGAGGCUUCUGGCGUUUUACGUAUGGAGAGAGUAAACAGCGGCACCCAGCAGUUUAUCAGCGUUUUACAGUCAAAUAUCUCAGAAGCACUCACUGAAAGUGUGGAUCUAAUGAGAAAGACGUCUCAGAACACGGCCCCGUACGUCAGAGUAGGUAAAGAAAAGGUGGACGUUGAGAUUCCCUUACCUUUCCAGUGGAAAUCCUUCAACGAAUGGCCGACUCGGAUCUGAUGGUGAAACCUUUCUUUUGGCUAAAUGGGUGCGAACAAUGUUUUUGCCAAGAAAAAAUAGAUGAUUAAUACAAUUAUGACCUGCUGAUUAAGUGACUGUUUGUUGGUGAUAAAACAGAAAAUCUUUGGAGUUUCAUGAUAGAAUAAAGGGAAAUGUUAGUUUUACUGCAGUGAGUCAAGUCGGGAUGGACGGAGUGAUGAAGAUCAGAUUGUUCAGCUUCUUCCUCAUUCACUCCAAUAUGUAGGUUCUGAGCAGCUAUAGAAAUUAGUUCAAGCUUUCUUGAGUUCUGGCACUGAUACAGCUAUGCAGAAACUUUUAGGAUUUUAAAAAUGAGCCAGAUUUGGAGUUAAGUUAUAAUUCAUGAAUUAUUCAGAAGUAAAAAAAAAAAAAACCUAACUUUUUGCAUGUUUAGCCACAUAAAUAAAUAAAAUUUAAAGUCUAAAUUCUGACUGAAAAUAGGUGAAACGGUAAACUAAACCUCUACAUGUGUUACACCGAUGACA